CUAUCUACCGAUGACAGUUGCGAAACCCAUUUUAAGACGCAAUCGGCCUGGCACAAAGGCUGAAGAAUGGUGUAAUUGGCCAGAUGAACCUUUUGAAGAAAUGGAAAGCACUCUUGCUGCGCAACAAUACAUACAGCAGCUAAUUAGGCGUGAUCGAACCAAGAUCGAUGAUAUUUUGACAGCACCAGAGGGUCAGGAUGGAAUGGUGUGGAAAUAUGAACAUUUGCGACAGUUUUGUAUGGAGUUAAACGGUCUUGCUGUGUGCCUGCAGGAGCACUGCACACCACAAACGUGCCCACAGAUGAUGGCCACUGAGCAAUGGAUAUUCUUGUGUGCCGCACAUAAGACACCCAAGGAGUGUCCGGCAGUGGAUUACACUCGGCAUACGCUGGACGGCGCAGCCUGCUUGUUGAACAGCAGCAAAUAUUUUCCUAGCAGAGUGAGUAUUAAAUCGACCUCAAUUAACCGACUGGAUUCCGUUUGCCGUCGUGUCUACCGAAUUUUUUCACACGCUUAUUACCACCAUCGACAAAUUUUCGAUCAAUUUGAGGAAGCUACUGCUCUAUGCCAGCGCUUCACCACCUAUGUGCUCAAGUACAACUUAAUGGGCAAAGACACACUGAUUGUGCCAAUCGCGGGCGCAGCGGACAACCCCACCAACAUGGAGGCACAAAUAUGAUGGAUCAACGCAAAGUAUAAAUGAACAUGCGCACUUUCGCCCCUUACACUGCCCCUGUUACCCGAUGUACUCUUGUUGGACCGUAUCGACAUGUUUAUCAUAGUAUGUACCUUUGCAUUCAGUUGCAUGUUUGUUUUCUCUGUCGUGAAAAUCCAUAUACAAUGCCGCCCCUUCUGA